GUUUUAUUUACAUUCACUCUGCCGAAUCAUCCUCGCUUGUUUCGUGUGUUUCUCGAGCAUUCGCCGGAUUUGUUUUGCAUUUUUUGUGCGUGUCUUAUCGAUUGUGCAACCUUCAAGAGCUGAUAAAAUGCCGGCCGACAUCCUAGGAUUUGCUUACGCUGCCACCGUGGCCGCCGGAGGAAUUUUGGGCUACGUUAAAGCUAGUUCCGUUCCCUCAUUGGCAGCCGGAUUGACCUUCGGAGCCAUUCUCGGCUAUGGCGCCCUGCUGACGUCGCAGGAUCCGCCGCGGCCACUGCUGCAGGUGGGCACCUCGAUGGUCCUCGCCGGUAUGAUGGGCGCCCGGUGGGCUCGGUCGGGCAAGUUUAUGCCGCCGGGAAUCGUGUGUGUGCUGUCUUGUGCCAUUUUGGCCCGGGGACUGCUGUACCACAACCGUUAUCUGCCGUUGAUCGGCAAGACCGAGUAGAGCUCGCCGUGAGAGUUCCAGAUGAUUCCAGUUUUUGUGUGGGAUAAUGGGUUUAAAAUAGUGGACUUUUAUUCUAGCAUGGUACAAUAAAGUAUUUUUAAAUUAAAAAGCUUA